GAGGAUGCUGGUGGUGGAGGUGGCGAACGGCCGCUCCCUGGUGUGGGGGGCCGAGGCGGUGCAGGCGCUGCGGGAGCGCCUGGGCGUGGGGGGCCGCACGGUGGGCGCCCUGCCUCGCGGGCCCCGCCAGAACUCGCGCCUGGGCCUCCCACUGCUGUUGAUGCCUGAGGAGGCGCGACUGCUGGCCGAGAUCGGCGCAGUGACCCUAGUCAGCGCCCCGCGCCCGGACCCCCGCCAACACAGCCUGGCACUGGCAUCCUUCAAGCGCCAGCAAGAGCAGGGUUUCCAGGAGCAAAGCGCCCUGGCAGCUGAGGCCCGAGAGACCCGUCGUCAGGAGCUCCUAGAGAAGAUUACAGAGGGCCAGGCUGCGAAGAAGCUAAAGCUGGAACAGGAAUCAGGGACCAGUGGGAGCCAGGAGGCCGGUGGGAAGCAAGCUGCCGAAGAGAAUGAGGCCAGUGCUGGCCAGGCUGCUGGAGAGCAUGAGGAAGCAUGUGAAGGCUCCUCUCCCCAGCCAGGGCCUUCAAAUGGAGUGGCCCCCUUACCGAGGUCUGCUCUGCUUAUCCAGUUGGCGACUGCUCGGCCGCGGCCCAUCAAGGCUAGGCCCCUGGACUGGCGUGUCCAGUCCAAAGACUGGCCCCAUGCUGGCCGCCCUGCCCACGAGCUUCGCUACAGCAUCUACAGAGACCUGUGGGAACGAGGCUUCUUCCUCAGUGCCGCUGGCAAGUUCGGGGGCGACUUCCUGGUCUAUCCUGGCGACCCGCUCCGUUUCCACGCUCACUACAUCGCCCAGUGCUGGGCUCCCGGGGACCCCAUCCCACUGCAGGACCUGGUUUCGGCUGGCCGCUUGGGCACCAGUGUCAGAAAGACGCUGCUGCUGUGCUCCCCGCAGCCCGAUGGUAAGGUGGUCUACACGUCCCUGCAGUGGGCCAGCCUGCAGUGAGCUCCAGAGACCUGUGGGCGCUCGGCUGUGUCCAUGGCAAGACCCUUUCUAGACGGUUCCAAGCUCAUCUCUGCGUGGGAGGUCCCGCCCAACCUCCUGCCUCUUGGCGGUUAGUGUUCGAUUCCAGAUGUAUAAACACUACAUCCUCCUUAUACCCCUCCCCAAUCCAAAGCACUCAGUGGCUGUGUUGUUUUUAUAGUUACCAGUUUCCAACCAUGAGCUUCCUGAGUGUGAAAGCUGAUUCAUCUCUCUUUUCUACAGGGCUUAGGUCCCAAGAGGUCUCAAUAAAUUUGUUGAAUCAGU